AUGGUUUAUCAGAUGAAGAACCCGAUGGAACUUUCUUCCUGUGCUGUAGGCGUACGGAAGCCACGAACAAAAAGCUCCCAAAUGUGCUCCGCGAGUGACGAUCAUCUUCCCGCCGGACAAGCCCCAGUGUACGGUAGUGUGGGUCCGGUCAGACAGCGCAAGCAGCAAGAUCCAGCCGUUCAGACGGAGUUUUCCAACCUAACACGCGAGGAACGGCGCCGGCGACGGCGGGCCACACUGAAAUACCGCACAGCACACGCCACCCGGGAAAGGAUUCGGGUCGAGGCAUUCAACGUUGCGUUUUCCGAGCUAAGAAAGUUGCUUCCUACGCUGCCACCGGAUAAGAAACUGUCGAAAAUAGAGAUACUGAAGCUGGCCAUCUGUUACAUCUCCUAUCUGAAUCAUGUGCUGGACGCUUGAUUUUGCUUUUGUUGUUCUAAUUCUAAGUUGCAAUACAUA